AUGAGUUAUAGCGACAUGAUUGAAAUGGCCCCGAACCAGUGGAGCCAAAGAGGCAUGUUUAUCCGCGACGGACAGGUUUGCCCAGAAGACUUUCGUCUAACUAAUCUAGGCGCAAUGAUUCACUAUGUUACUGUACAGUUUGACGAAUUCGACAGCUUUCUAAGUGACGAAGAAUUAAUAGAAAUGGCGAUCAACAUGAUUCAGCAAAGGGAAGCCAUGGUAACGGACUACAACCAUCAUCGCGGUUACGCAUGGUAUGUAUCGUUCCCAGUCAUCAAGGGCCCUGGCUAUGAACUUGAUUACGACGACGCUUACGAAACAGCAGAAAUCUAUGCGCGGCGCACUCUGGAAGACAUCAUUCAAGGUUCGGUUUCUAUCAAUCGACUCUAUUUCAACUUCGGACAUAAAUGCUGA